AUGGGUAUUCAUAGCUACACACAACCUUCAAGUAGCACCGACAGCGAUUCAAGUGGUAUUAGGAGAAGACUAGCUCGGCAUGUAGUACCAAUCAACGAAUAUGGCAUUUUGACUCAAUGUUAUUGUGGAGCUCGAGCCAUUCUCGAUACGUGUCGUUCCACAAUGGACCCGGGCAGAAGGUUCUUCACCUGCCCAAAUGUAGGGGAUGGAAACUGCCAUAUAUGGAAGUGGUUAAACGAGGGUAUUCUAGAGGAGCUUACUACCAUUAAAAACGACUAUGAAACAGUCUUAGACAAGCUUGAGCUAUUCACCUACAUCGACGAUUUCUAUAUAGCUAAAGCAGAAAUUGAUCAACUCAAACAGGAUAAAAUUCAAACCGACGACAAGAUUGCCAUGUUGGCAAAGACUGUUGAUGACCUGAAGAAGAAUAAAACUGGCAUAACAAGCUGCUCGAGGAUGCAUAUGGCUAUAACUGCAGUCGUUUUGGUAAUCGCUCUCACCAUUAUGAUGUUUAAGUAA